CGGGAUUACAAGGAGGUUCCACACAAGCUGGCACGCUGAAGCAUGGCCCGCAUGAUGGCAUUGGUGGUGAUCGAAGGACUUUUGCAAAGACAAUUUUAUUGUUUCAUACAGUGGUUGCAGCCAUGUGGGAACAAUGUUAGUCAGAGCAGAUUUAUUGUCUCCAAUCCGUACAUAGCUGAUCUUUCCCUGGAGCGGUAUAGCGGUGUACCUGCUGUCAGCACCGGUGAUAAGGUAAUUCCAGUCAGUGAUUGCAACUGAUUUCUCUUAUGUUGACUUCACAGGAUAUUGCCGAACUUCAUAGUGUAAGUGAUAGUAUUAUGUUUGUAAAGCCGUUUAGCACAGCAUCCAGCGCUCCCAAUUUGCUUCGACAUGGUGAUAACCUGAUAUGGUCCUCCUGCAUCUCUGCACCUUCCUUAACUGUAUUUUAC